CUGUCACACUGUAUAAAAGUUACUUAUGAGAUGGCGGCUGCUGAUCUGAAAGCUGAGCUGACCUGCUCCGUGUGCCGGGAGAUCUACACCGACCCUGUAACCCUGCCCUGUGGCCAUAACUACUGUCGGGUCUGUAUUGGGAGACAUUGGGACUGGCAGGAGGGGAUAGAGGAGGAUCCUUCCUGCCCUGAAUGCAGAAAAACAUACAGGAGACGCCUGGAACUGAACAGGAACCUGAGGCUUCGUAAUAUAGCAGAGAGUUUCCUCCCUACUGACCCAGAGCAGGAAUGUUCCGCGAUCAUCUGCACUUACUGUGACUUCCCUGUGUCGGCAGCUAAAUCCUGUCUGCACUGUGAGGCCUCUCUGUGCGAUAAACAUGUCCGGGGGCACAGCCGGGCAGCAGAACAUGUACUUACUGACCCCACCGCUUCCUUUGGGCACAGAAAAUGCUCCGAACACAAGAAAAUCUUGGAGUUUUACUGCCACAAAGACGAGGCUUAUAUCUGUGCCUGCUGCCUGGUUGGAGAGCACAACGGGCACAGGGUGGAGCUGCUCCAUGAUGUCUCUGAGAAGAUGAAAGUGAAACUUAAACAUAUUCUGGAGAAACUGAGCCCCGAGAGAGAGGAGGCUGAGGGGCAAAUCCAGAGGCUGCAGGAGCGCAGGAGGGAAGGGGCAGAAAAAGCAGCCGGAGAGACAGAGAGAGUCAUUGCCCUGUUUAGGGACAUCAGGGAACGGCUGGAAGCCCUAGAGAAGCGACUCCUGAGGGACAUCUCCAAGCAGGCUGAGGCUCUUUCUCUCCCAUUCUCCAAUAAAAUCCGGCAGUUGGAGAUAAAGAAGGACGAGCUGUCCAGGAAGAUCCGGCACAUUGAGGAGCUGUGCAACAUGGCAGAUCCACUCACUGUCCUACAGGCACGGGAACCUGAUGGGGCUGGAUUUCAUGGCACUGAGGGAGGAGAUGAUGAGAACAGGCACACAGAAGAUACAAAUGCCCCAGCUGUAGGGGAUCUGGAUGUGGGUCGGAUCUCGGAGACAUUACUCACAGGGUUGGAUCAGAUUGUACUUGGGGCAAAGGGACAGUGGUUCCCUGGGCAGGAGGCUACAGACCUGGUACUGGAUAUAAACACGGCUGGGAUUUUCUUGGCUGUGUCCGAAGAUAGGAAAACCACAUCCCUGUCACAAACAGACCAGGGCUACCCACCAUCGCCUGAGAGGUUUCAAUGGAGUCAGGUGCUGAGCACCGGGGGUUUUGCUUCCGGGCGCCAUUACUGGGAGCUGGAGAUCAAAGAAGGAGGGUGCUAUUGGCUAGGGGCCGCCUAUCCCAGUAUUGAGAGGAAAGGCAUCCAGUCCUGGAUCUGGAAUAGUAACAAGUCCUGGGGGUUGUACCUAGGGUAUAAUAAUGUCUAUUCAGUUACACAGGACAGGAAGGAGAGGAAUCUGAGUCGGACCGCUCAGUGCAGCAGAAUCAGGGUCUCAUUGGACUAUGAGGCCGGACACCUGUCCUUUUAUGAGCUGAGUGAGCCAAUCAGGCACUUACACACCUUCUCUGCCUCCUUCACUGAGCCCCUCCAUGCCGCAUUCUGGGUCGGGUGGGCUUAUUUUAGGGAACAUUGUUGGGUUAGAAUUAUUAGCUGAGGAAAUCUCUAACCCGCUCAGUUGAUAGGGUGAGGCGCCAGAGUCAUUCAUAGCAAUUCAUUACUAACUAUGCAGAUGUGCCUUUUUACUGUGCUAGGAUUGUAUAAACCUAAAAACAGGUAAUUUCAUGUCUUUUAGCCAAGAACACACACAUUAGAAUGAUGAAUAUUCCUCCACUGAUAUUUAUCUUUAUGGGGAUGAGCCCAUUGUUCAGGUGCCGAUUUGCCAAAAUGCUGCAUUGCACAUCUGAAUACAUUCUCAGUAAAGGCAGCCUUACACGGGCAGAUUUUAGCUGGUUAUCUGCCCCUGUAUGGGCACCACCGAUGGGUCUACCUGAAGGGAGAUCUGGCCUAAAAUUGGGCAGCUCUCAAUCGGGCAGGUUUGACUUUCCAUUGGAUCGGGGACCGCUUCGGCUUGUUUAUGGGGUCCCUGUUUCGACUGCACCUAUGCCCAAACAAUUUAGCCCAAUAUCGGCCACCUUUAGGUGGGCAUAUCAGGAGAAGAUCCCUUUGCUUGCCAUGAGCAGAUCUUACCAAGUAUGGCCACCUUAAGCAAUGUUUCUCAUUAUAGUUUACGCUUUCUUGGCUUUGGGCAAUGAAAGGGAACCAAUCACUGUGCACUGUGGCUUCCGUUACUUAAGCAUAUUUUUUUAGUUUAUUGCUGAAGUGCAAUUCAACCAUUUGUCUGUUAUUUAUGUGCAGCUCUAACCAUAAUAUGAAUUGUGUUCUACCUUCUGUAUAAUGUUUACCCUUUGUGUGCCAGAACUUGCACCCCCUAUAUACUGCUGUCACUACCCUUGUGGUGGCUGCACCAUUGCAGGGGUAUCUGUACACACUAAUAUAUUGCUCUCUCCUACCUCUGUGUUUGGAGUACUGUUCCAAUGGUACCAGUACCCCCUAUAUACUGCUGUCCCUACCCUUGUGGUGGCUGCACCAUUGCAGGGGUAUCUGUACACACUAAUAUAUUGCUCUCUCCUACCUCUGUGUUUGGAGUACUGUUCCAAUGGUACCAGUACCCCCUAUAUACUGCUGUCCCUACCCUUGUGGUGGCUGCACCAUUGCAGGGGUAUCUGUACACACUAUAUUGCUCUCUACCCCUGUGUUUGGAGUACUGUUCCAAUGGUACCAGUACCCCCUAUAUACUGCUGUCACUACCCUUGUGGUGGCUGCACCAUUGCAGGGGUAUCUGUACACACUAUAUUGCUCUCUACCCCUGUGUUUGGAGUACUGUUCCAAUGGUACCAGUACCCACUAUAUACUGCUGUCUCUACCCUUGUGGUGGCUGCACCAUUGCAGGGGUAUCUGUACACACUAAUAUAUUGCUCUCUCUACCUCUGUGUUUGGAGUACUGUUCCAAUGGUACCAGUACCCCCUAUAUACCACUUUCUACCUCUGGGCUGGGAGCCCCAUUCCUGUAAGACUUAUUCUCUCUGUAUACUCUUAUUCACAAACCUCUAUCUCCACUUUUUGUGUCUUUUAGACAUUAUUUUACUGACUUUUUUAAUGAAUUUGUCUUUAGCGUUUAGUAAAUCUGUUGUUCUGCCAUCAAACCCAGUCCCCCAUCCACAUGGAAUAAGGAUUUAGCCCUUUAGGGGCAUUCCCUGAGGGGGGAAACCAGGCAUCAUGUCUUCAGGACAGGCCGGGCUCUCUAAUGUAUUCUAUAUUUCUGUGUAAUUCCACUUCUGUAACAAGAUAUAAGGGUCUAAAUACCUUCUUCUCCAGCCCCU